UGAAUCAAUACUCAUAAAUAAUAGCUUCAUAUUAAAAUGAAAUGAAAAUGAAAUAAAAAAAAAAAAAAAAAAUUGGGAUAGACAUGGUUGUCCUUCACAAUAUAUUUAAUUUUAAAAUAUUUGUAAAAUUAAAAUAAAUGUUGUAAUGUGUGACAAAUAACGUAAAUUAAACUAAUCCUAUUUUUAAGAAUAAAGGAAAAAAACGACUUUUCGUUAUAUUGUACAUAUUCUAUGUAUGUAGUUAAAUUACCCAUGUGUAUGUUCUUAAGCAAAAUGUUUUAAUUUAUAACCCUAUAAGAUAUGGUGACAUAAGAAGACUAAAAAAUUAAAAUAGAAAACAAAAUAUAACAUAUCGAAAGAACUGUUAAAUUGUAAAAUAAUACAUAUGAACAUUGGAUUAAUCAAACAACAGAUUCAAAAUGGUGUACUUAGAAUUUAAAGAAAAACUAAAAAAUACAAGCAAACCAAUUAAAAGAAACCAAUCAAGGCGAAAAUCGCUAUUAAGGCCAACACUACCACCAGUGCAUUUAGAUGAAGAGGACGGUAUUUACUGUCCAUUAAUAAAAAUGCCCACAACAUCUUCACUAAGCAGUCUUUAUAAAAUAUACACAGUAUUAAGUAAUAGCAGCAGCUGCAAAACCGCCAGCACAAUAAUUAAUACUACUUCUACUGUAACUAGCAAUGCUAAAGCUAUUACAACUAUUGACACUACUACUACUACUGGAAGAUGCAGAAUUAGCAGUAAUCGUCUGUCAAUGAUGUUCUUACUUUUACUAUCCUUAAUAAUUUCAUGUUUAACAACAAUUAAUGCCUUUCAAUUGGAUGGUUCCCAGAGUUCAUUCGCACAAUUUCGGAAGUGGUAUGUUGGACUGAAUGGAUCGCUGGAACUUGAAUUUAAGACUGAACAACCAAAUGGUUUAGUCUUAUAUACAGAUGAUGGUGGAACAUAUGACUUUUUUGAACUUAAAUUAGUAGAAGGUGCUUUGCGUUUACGUUACAACUUGGGAGGUGGUGCCCAGAUUAUUACAGUGGGUCGCGAUCUUCACGAUGGACAUUGGCAUAAAGUUCAAGUUAUUCGUAAUGACGAACAAACAUCACUGAUUGUGGAUGGCGUCUCCCAGAGUCGUGCCACUAAGGGAAAAGAAUUUCAAUUUGGAAAGUUUGCUACCAAUUCUGAUGUUUAUGUUGGAGGAAUGCCAAAUUGGUAUAGUACAAAAUUGGCGUUGUUAGCUCUUCCGAGUGUAAUAUUUGAGCCCCGAUUUCGUGGAUCAAUUAGAAAUCUUGUCUAUUCCGAUCAGCCUGGUGGACAAACCAGGCGACAGGAAAUGAAACAACCACGUGAUAUCAAAUGCGGCGAUGGUCCUUGUGAUCAUGGAGAAAUGCCGAAAGAAAAAGUUGUUCGUAACUCACGAGGAAGUAAUACUACUGAUGCAUGUGAACGACAUGAUCCUUGCCAACAUGGAGGUAUAUGUAUAUCAACAGAUUCCGGACCCAUAUGUGAAUGUAGAAAUCUUGAAUUUGAUGGACAAUAUUGCGAAAAAGAAAAGGCUCCGUCAGAAGCUACAUUCCGUGGUACACAGUUCCUUUCAUACGAUCUUGGUCAAACCGGCGCUGAGCCAAUUGUUAGUGCCCAAGACGCAAUUACAUUAUAUUUUCGUACACGUCAGCCGAAUGGAUUAUUAUUUUACACUGGUCAUGGCACCGAUUACCUCAAUUUGGCAUUACGCGAUGGAGGGGUCUCAUUGACCAUGGGUUUGGCAAAUGGCAAACAAGAGAUGCAUAUAAAACCAUCUAGAGUUCGUUUUGAUGAUCAUCAAUGGCAUAAAGUUACAGUCCACCGUAGGAUACAAGAGAUAUCAUCAAUUACUAGUUUUUGUCGGCUUGUUACCGUGGUCGAUGACGUAUAUACCGAUCAUUCUCAUAUUGCGGGGAAAUUUACAAUGCUUUCCUCUUCCCGAGUCUAUGUAGGUGGCGCUGUAAAUCCCCGAGCUUUACUCGGAGCCAGAGUUCAUAACAAUUUUGUCGGUUGCUUGAGAAAGGUUGAAUUUUCGGCAGACACGUUAUUAUUAAAUCUAAUUGAUUUAGCUAAAAGCGGAUCAAAACUUAUACAGGUUGCUGGUAAUGUUGAGUAUCAAUGUCCAAUUGGCGAUCCACAAGAUCCAGUUACAUUUACGACACGAGAAUCUCACUUGGUGUUGCCACCGUGGGAGACUGGUAAACAAAGUUCCAUAUCAUUCAAGUUUCGAACUAAAGAACCUAAUGGCCUCAUUAUAUUGGCAACUGGGUCGAAGCAGCCCAGAUCAAAAAAUGCCGUACUUUUCGCAAUUGAAUUGCUUAAUGGUCACAUUUACAUUCAUUUGGAUUUGGGUUCUGGUGCAGCUAAAGUGAGGGGAUCCCGGAGAAGAGUUGAUGAUGGGGAUUGGCAUGAUUUCAUUUUGCGACGCAAUGGCAGAGAUGCAAAAGUUAGUGUGGAUGGAGUUUGGAAUGACUUUCGGACACCUGGAGAAGGAACUAUUUUGGAACUGGACGGUCACAUGUACGUUGGCGGAACAGGUCCUGCAUAUAGCAAUGCUAAUUGGCCUCCAGCCAUAUGGACGGCCACGUUACGUCAAGGUUUUGUAGGCUGCUUGAGGGAUUUGGUGCUAAGUGGCAAGGCAAUAGAUAUCGCAGCAUUUGCCAGACUACAAGACUCUGCUUCGGUGAAACCUUCUUGCCAUGUACAAGCUAAUGUAUGUGCGGGUAAUCCAUGUUUGAAUGGAGGAAGUUGCAUGGAGGGUUGGAAUCGACCUAUCUGUGAUUGUACAGCGACUCUUUAUUACGGACCAACUUGUGGUAGGGAAUCUGGUACAUUGGCUUUUAAUGGAACACAGCAUAUGACCGUUUGGUUAGGAAAUGGUCAGGGUACAAAGACUCAAACAGAAGAGCUCUUGCUACGUUUCAAAACCGCACGACCCACAGGUUUAUUGUUGAUGACCAGUGCGGAAUCCAAUUCCCCUGAUAGACUUGAAAUCGCCUUAGUAGCCGGACGUAUUCGUGCCAGCGUAAGGUUAAGCGAUCGAGAAAAGAAUCUUCUCGCUGGACAAUCUGUUCUCAAUGACAACAACUGGCACACAAUACGAUUCUCCAGACGAGCAUCAAAUUUACGUUUACAAGUUGACGGGGCUCCCCCUGUCAGGGGUAUGUUAUCUGAGACAAUUUUGGGACGGCAUAGUACCAUAGAGAUACGUUCAAUACAUUUGGGCGGACUAUUUCAUGCCGAAGAAGAAAUACAAAUGACAUCUACGAUGCCAAACUUUGUUGGACAAAUGCAGGGAUUUAUAUUUAAUGGUCAGAGGUACAUUGAUAUUGUCAAGUCAUUGGGCCCAGAAUUAUCAGCUCUGCCCAGCGCAACCUUUAAGUUAACAGCUCGAUUUAUUAACUCACCACCAGGAAAUCCGUAUCAUGCAGCGACCUUCCGAUCCAAACACUCUUAUGUGGGUCUGCCUAUGCUGAAGGCCUAUUCAACAAUUUCAGUUGAUUUUCGAUUUAAAACAGUAGAACCAAAUGGGCUGUUGCUUUAUAAUGGCGGAAGGCGAAAUGAUUUUGUAGCGGUGGAAUUGGUAAAUGGCCACAUACACUAUACAUUUGAUUUGGGAGAUGGGCCAAUAACAAUGCGCGAUAAAACCCGAAUUCACAUGAAUGACAAUCGGUGGCAUCAAGUCAGCAUUAGGAGGCCUGGUCCGAAAACACAUACUCUCGCUGUAGACGAAUCGUUUGAGAUCAUUACAUUAUCGGGCAACAGCAUGCACUUGGAAUUAUCGGGUAUCUUGUAUAUUGGGGGUGUAUUCAAAGACAUGUAUGCGAAACUGCCAGCAUCCAUAUCAUCACGAUCUGGUUUUGAGGGUUGUAUUUCUUCACUCGAUUUGGGCGACACAUCACCAUCACUGACAAAUGACGCUGUAGUACCGAGCUCGCUUGUUGUGUCCGGCUGUGAGGGCCCAACAAAAUGUAGCCAAAAUGCUUGUGCAAACAGAGGCGUUUGUGUGCAGCAGUGGAAUGCGUACGCCUGCGAGUGUGAUAUGACUUCAUAUACGGGUCCCACAUGUUAUGAUGAAUCCAUCGCAUAUGAAUUUGGCAAUAAUAAGGGAAUCAUCCAGUAUACAUUUCCAGAAAAUGCUCAAGCUGAUACUGAAGAGGAUAAUAUAGCAUUGGGUUUCAUAACGACCAAAUCUGAUGCUGUAUUGUUGCGCAUAGAGAGCUCUACGACGCAGGAUUAUAUGGAACUGGAAAUUGUUGAAGGUAACAUAUUUAUGGUGUAUAAUAUCGGUACAAGAGAUCUGCCGUUGGGAGAGAUUGGAACAAAAGUUAAUGACAAUACAUAUCAUGUGGUGCGAUUUAGCCGACGAGGUGGAAACGCCACAUUACAAUUGGAUGAUUACAAUGUACAAACUCUAACACCACAAGGACAUCAGUCUACCAUGUUCAACACCAUGGCUAACAUUCAAGUUGGAGGGAAAUUUAGUCGUACAGGUCGCACUCGCAUAGAGAGACCUUUUGCUGGUGUAAUUACCGGUCUAUCAGUGAAUAAGUUGCGUGUCCUGGAUUUGGCAGUGGAACGUGAUCCCCAUAUAACGAUACGAGGAGAUGUUCAAUUGGUAACUGGAGUAUUAGAUAGAAAUGAUCUGCAAAGAAUGCAGCAGACACCCGCUAGUGGUUAUCCUGGAGCAAUAGACGAUUUAAUAUUUUCUGGUGCUGGUUCUGGUUGUCGUGGCGAUGACGAAGACGAAUGUACUCCUCCAUUUGAGUCGAGCGGAGAUGAUCUAAUUACACCAGUCUAUGUACCGCCUACUAAACAAACAACAAUGACCCAAAAUGUUAGUACUGAUAAAACAAAUGGCACCGAACGAGCUUGCGACGAUGAAGACUGCAUUCAUGGAUCUGGGGAUUAUGGCGAAACAACUGAACAAUUCACUUCUACAAGUACCGCCAAAGGUUCUGAAUCGCAUAAUGAGGUAACUACGGACAGCAACGCGCGUAGACAAGAUGCAACAACUGAGCUGCAACAGUCUACGUCCACAAUCUCACAUACUACAACGGCACAGCAAACUACUGCUUUAAGUACGACUGUAACAACAAGUCAAACGUCGGCACCUACUACAAUUGUAACAACAUCAACACAACGUAUAACGACACCAACUACAACAACGUCAACCACAACAGUAACUACAACGGUCGCAACCCCAUUGCCCGAAAUACGAACGGCAUCAACUGAACGGGAUACAACCACAUUCGAUGUCGUUCAGGUAUUCAAGCAUGACGAAGAGGAGGAGAAAUCAAAUAUUAUUUAUACACCACAAAUGCCAGAAGAACGGCCACCACCUCCUCCACCCAUUCAUGAACCUGAACCCGGCCUACCUUACUACCCACUACCACAACCACCUCCACCAUACAGCAAUAACAAUUAUCGUCCAAAGGGAAAGGGAGGCCGCAUAAACUCAAUCGAGGAAGAACGGACCGCUAUGAUCAUAGGUAUUGUUGCAGGCAUAUUAAUCGCAGUUAUUCUAGUUAUAUUGCUGGUGCUAUGGCUGAAAUCGAAUGGUGAUCGUAAUUACAAAACAUCCGGUGAGAAAACCAUUUACGGUACUCACAAUCCGAAUGCGUCUUUAUUGGGAAAUACCAGCACCAACGGUUCAUAUCACCAACAAAGGCAACAAUCAAAUAAUCACCAUCAAACUCAAGAUACACGUUCUCGUUCUCACUCGGGCAUAGCUAUGCGAAAUAACGGCAACACCGACAUGUGCAACAGAUCGGCGCCGAUGAGAGUUGAACGCGUCUACCAUGACUCAACCGACCAUAGCGAAGGUGAGGAUCGUCCGGGUUUGGUGAAAACGAAAAAACGUGAUUCAAAAGAUGUUAAAGAGUGGUACGUCUAAAUGACCGAAUAUUGAAAUAUAUGUUUCGCGAAUGAACCAAACGUCAAAUUAGCAAUAAAAAACUGUGCAUAACAAAAUUAAACUAAAAAACCUAAAACUAUUGUUAAUCACUAUCGUUAUAUUGGGCGGGUAAUACUUAGUGCAAUACAUAAUACAAUACUUAUUAUAAAAUAUUAUUAAAAAAAAAUCCAACAAAAUAGAAAAAUCAAUAAAUCAAUACUUAUAAUGAAGAAUGCAAACACUUAGAAAAUGAUAAAAACAUAAAAUAAGAAUAACAUCAGUUAAUGUACAAAUAACUCAUUAAGAUGCAAUGAAAAUGAUAAUAAGUAUAGAAUAUUUCAGCGACCAAAUUUUUCACUCUCAAUUGUUGUCUUUGAUGUCUUUUGUUUAAAUUAAAUUAAAAAUGUUUUUAAUAAAAAUGAAAUUGGUGGCUGAGAUGUUUUAUAAAACCAAAUAUUUUUCAGUUUUCAUAAUUUUGUUACACAUACACACCAAUAAAUUAUUCAAUAUAAACGUUAUACUUCACGAAUAUAUUGCACUGGGAAAAAUUAAAAGGAAGUUAAUGCACUCAGAAACUAUAAAUGUUUAUUCAAUUACGAAAAUGUAAUUCCAUUAAUCCCUUUAAAUCUGUUUCAAGUUAUGUUAGUUCAAUUUUUUAAAUAAUUCAAGUACGAACAAAUUCUAUUCAAAUACAAUAUUUUUUGAAUAAAUAAGAUAAGAAAUUUGUAUUUCGUGAAUAGUCUUAGAAGAUUUUUUUUAAUAAAUUUAACAAUUUGACAACGUUGAUAAGUUGUAUUGAUGUUUAAUAAUUCAAUUUCUUUCCCAUAUAUCUGCAACUAAAAUUUCUAAAAAAAAAACUGUUGAAUAUAUUUGAAGUCAUUUUCUAUCGAGAAUAUAAAAAUAGUUGUUUUAUAGGAAUUUCAAGCAACUAUUUAAAAAAGUAUGAAAUUCUUAGAAAACAUAUGAGUUAUAUUGUUUUCUUAACUUUUUCUCAGUGUUUUUAUUUUCUGUGUCAUUACACUCAAACAAAUAUUCACUAAAACAUGUAUUUAUGUAUAUGUAUGAAAUGUCAUACAUAAAUACAAUACAUACACAUUCUCAGUUUACUAGAUCUAUCAAGCAUUACACAAAUAAUUAAAAAAUAAUAAAUUAAUAAAUAAAUACUUACUUUAGCUAGCUUUUAGGCACUAAAUAUUAUUAACAACUACAAACUUAAUAUCCUUUUCCCCCAUACACCUUAUUACGUACUUACUAGUUUAAUUAAUAAAAAUAAUACAAAAAAUUAUAAUAAAAAUAGAAAAAGGAACGAUUCGACAUCCCACCCCACCCACAUGGAGUGUUAGAUCCAAGUGUGUUGUGGUAGAUGGAUGCUGUUGUGAGUAGUAUUGGGUGUGUUUUACAAGAUCUAAAUAGAAAAACCACGUGAAUGUUAUAUAAUGAUAGAACAUAAAAAUUAAGAUAUUGUGCCAUAGUAAUUUAAGCAUACCUAAUAAUUAACAAUUGGUAUAUUGUAUGUAUGUAUAUUAUUAAAAUUAUAAUAAUUAUUAUUAAAUAAAUAUUAAUAUUAUAAUUGAAAUUAAUAUAAUCGAUUGUAGAUAAAGAUUGACUAGUUAGAUGUAACAUGUAUAUGAGAAAAACUAUAAGAAUAAUUAACAAAAUGCUUUAAGAAAACAACAAAUAUAAUUAAAAAAUAAUAACAAUAAUAAUAAUGAAAAUUGGAAUAGAACAGUAAAAACCUCUGAAUAAUGUAUAAGACAAUAGAAAUACAUAUGUAAUCGAAAAAAUGUAAAUUAUAUAAAAUAUCAUUUGAAAAAUGUUAGAAAAAUUAAAGUAAAAGUCUUAUAUCCAAAUUCUACAACACAAAGUUCUAAGUUGAGUCAAACAAUUUCGUGUGUUUUAUAUUUGUUACAAUAACAAAACACAUGCUAAAUUUUCAUUCUCUUAAAAAAAUUGUAAAACAGAUACUGGUAGUUAAUAAAAAUAGGUUCAUGCAUACAUGCAAGUACAUGUAAAUAUUAACUAUUCCUGCCAACGUGACAAUUUGUCACGAAAAGUAAUGCCAAAAAUGUAAUAGGUACCCAAUGUAUACAUAUGUAAAUACAUACAUAUGUACAUUCAUAUAUGUACUUACUUACAUCAACUUAUUUGGCAAAAAUCCAAUUUCGAAUUAAAAAUGUUUUUCCCGUUUCACCAAUUUUCCAAUCCUAUUUCAAAACCCAACUGUUCCAUAUUUGAUAUUUUUAUGUAUAUAACCAAAUUUCAGCUUUGGAAACUAUCGUAUUUUGAUUGAUUAACGGAAAGAAAUUAAUUGAUUUAUUCGGCAUUUCAGAAUUUGCAGUAAGACAAAAAUCCCAACAAUUGAAUACUCUAAUACAUAGACAUUAUUUGAAAUUUAAAGAAUAUUUGCUAAUUGUUAAUUGUUGUUUGUUAGCGAAAGAAGGGGUUUUCUAAAAACUAAGACAAAAUCUAAAAAGUGUCUCUAAAUUAAUACAUGUACGAGUAUGUAUGUUAGAAACAACACCAUUACACUACACAAAAAAAAACACAAAGAUACACAAACUUACAUACAUACAUAUAAACAUGAUCCCCACUAUUCAAAUAAAAAUAAAUCUCAACAUAAACGUUUUCUUUAAUUUUUUAAUUUACUAACAUAAGGUGCUGUAAUUGUUUAUACAUACAUAUAAUAAUUGUAAUAAUAAUAUUAAAAAAAAAAACAAUUUACAUUUCAAAAGAAUAAAUAAAUGAGUCAAAAACCUAGUAAGAUCUAUUACAAAUAUCCUAAAUCUAUUUAAAAGUUAUUAUCUUUUUUUAAUCUGAAUAAAACAUAAAAAAUUAAAUAUUAUAAAAUUAAAACCUUAAGAGAGAUUCAAUUUAUUAAUAGUUCAUACAAAAACAAACAAUUAUUUCGAUGCUUCAUUUAUAUUAUACAAAUUAAAAUAUAAAAUAAUAAGAAAAAAAAAAAAACAAAAAAUAUUAAAAACGUGCAGCUCAAAGUGCUUUUGCUUAAAUGUUUUUACAAACUUGCAAUUUGUUUUUUUGAAUUUACAUUAUGAAAUGAUGAAAAAAACUGCACAGAUUCAAUAUUAUAAUUUUAUUCAUAUACUCAUACUUAUUUACUCAAUAUUACAUAUUAUUCCCCUUAUUUAUAAACAACAUUUUAUUUUAUAAAAGGUUUAUAAAACAAAAUGUUAAUACAAAAUUUUAUUUAUAAUCGUUUAUAAAAUAAAAAUGUGUUGAUGAAUAAGGCCUUAUACAUAUAUACAUUAAUAAGUUUUUCAUUCCCGAAUCAAUUUUACGAUUAAUUUUAAUAAAUUGACAGACAUAUGUAUGUAUGUAUGUUCAUAUAUACAUAUAAUGCAUUUCCAUUCUCUUUUUAUUAUUCAUUUCUGCCAAGUAAAACAAAAUGAUAACAUCAUUUUCAAACGACAUUGUUUUAGAUCGAAUCAAAAUUCAGCAUGAAAAUAUCAGUGACAAUUCAACGUAAACAAUUUAUGCAAAAACUAAAAUUCUUGAAAGGCAAAUCAGAAUUUUACAUCAAUUUUAUUAUUUACAUAUUUGUGCAUAAUUAUUACAUACAUACAUAUUAAAAUUAAUAUUAAUUAUUUUUUACUUAUUUUUACGACAUGAGAUGAUGUUUUGCAUACAUUUAAAUAAUGUAUGUCUUGAAUAGACUAAAUGGAAUAAAUAAAAACUUGAACAUAUCAAUCAACAUUUAUUUAAAGAAAACAAUGAACAAUUAAAUUAUUAACAAAACAAUCGAAAAUAUGUUUACUUAAAAAUACUAAAUACAUAUUAUGUAUUUCCUUUCUAGUGUUUCCUUUUCUAAUGCACAUUUAAUAAAUUUUUUGAAAUAUGAAAAAUAUGUAAAUAUGCAUAUAUGUACAUUUGGUUGCUUUUAUUUUUGCCCAAAUAUAGAUUAUUUUAAAUUAACAAACAAUGUUAAAGCUGCACAAGGAACUUUUUGCAUUUAAUGAUAAAUUUUUUAAUGUAUUUCUUUUUAGUUAUUGAUAAUAAAAGGCAUUGUUACAAAUAAAAACUAAACCGAUCCGUUUUUUUUUUUU